UUUCGUGCCACUGCUUUUUUCUGCGGCAGCUUUUUCUUCCCUGGUUGAGCCUUCACACGCCGCCAUCCAUGGCCAGCUACGCGGUAAACGAUGUGCUCAAGUUCAUCAAAGACUCGGUGUAUUCUAUUUACACUUUGAUUUACAUAUUCGGUGGAAUUGUGCCUUAUGUUCCUCAGUACCUGGAGAUCCGUCGCUUGCGCAGCGUAAAAGGAUUUUCCACUUUCGUUUGUUUAAUCCUCCUCAUAGCCAAUAUAUUGCGAAUCUGCUUUUGGUUCGUGCAGCCGUUCUCCGCUGUGAUUCUCCUCCAAAGCGUUGUCAUGAUUGUGGCCAUGUUGGUUAUGAUGCGUUUGACCGCAUCUGUUCUCAGUUUAGAAUGUCAAUUCGUACCCUCUCUUCUGAGUCACAAACCGUUAUCUCCGGCCCUCAGGCGUACUCUAUGGGGCUCACCGAUUCGUCACUUCUGGCAGUGGACCGAUUUCCCCAGCUACAUUCUCUUUAUCCUGUUAUUCACAUUUGUGGCUUCUACUAUCACUUACAUGUUCUCUGCAAACGCCAUGUUCGUCGGCCUCCUCGGUUUUGCCUCUCUUCUCACUGAGGCUUUGCUUGGUUUGCCACAGCUAAUCAAGAAUCAUCGAAACAAAUCCACCAAAGGCAUGAGCGUCAUGAUGGUUGCCUUGUGGACUUUUGGAGACAUCUGCAAGAGUAUCUUCUUUAUGGUUGAGAAAACUCCCAUCCAGUUUCCCUUUUGUGGUUGGCUACAGGUCGCAUUGGAUUGUGCCAUCCUCGGACAACAUUUCUUCUACGCACGCACUUCUCCAUCGUUUGAUGGCGCCCAUUUUGGUUGAUUCAUUGUGUGAACCGCAGUCGUCCAUGCAUUCACCUCGCUGGUUACUUUCACUUAUCUUGUUAGUCUCAAACCAAGCAUCUUCUGUGAUGAUCGUGGCUGUUUUCUUCCUCCUUUUCGCAUUUGCGUCAACUGUUUCUUUUGUAUCCCUCCCUAUUUUUAUCUUGCUCGAUUUGUGCCGUAGCGUUUUUGUUUUGCUGACCGACAAUCUGUACUUGGUCUAUGUUUGCAGAGAUUCGGUUUUGGUUUGACGACUAUUCUAUCUAACUUUGAUUGCUUUUCAUUAAAUCCAACAUGUGUGUUGUCUUCUUUUUCCAUUGAAUUAUUAUACCACCUGUAUAUUGGAUCUGGGUACGUACCAUAGGAAUCUGUGUUGAAACUAUUGACCACAUGUAUCGUUGCUGGUUACACAAUAAACUUGCUGAACCU